GGACGUCACAUUUGGUUUGUUUAUUUGUUGACAUGCACACAUUCUUCCAGCAUGUGCAACCGGUGUUUUUUGUGUCCCAAGAAUCGGAAUGCUUUCUUCCUGUAGGAAGGCCCUGUACACGCUAGCCAAACAUUCCGCACGAUCGUUCCAAUCUUCCGCAAUGGCACUGAGUCGCUUCGAGUACGUGAAACAGUUCGAGCAGGAAGAGAAACUACUGCCGAACUGCUGGGUUGUGGUGCGGAUCGAUGGGAAGGGAUUCCAUCGGUUCUGCAACGUACACACGUUCACCAAACCGAACGAUCUUGAUGCACUGCAGCUGAUGAACCUUGCCGGUAUGACCGUGAUGCAGGAGUUUAACGAAAUUGCCAUCGGAUACGGGCAGAGCGACGAGUACUCGUUCGUGUUUCGUCGGGAGGCCAGCGUGUACCAGCGACGCAGGGACAAGCUGGUAAGCUACGUGGCCAGUCUGUUUACCUCGGCGUACAUGUUUCACUGGAAGCGAAUCUUCGAUGCCCGGUCGGUGACGAUGCGCUAUCCCCCUUCCUUCGAUGCCCGCGCUGUCCUCUACCCAACGGAUGAGAAUCUACGUGACUAUCUAAGCUGGCGACAGGCGGAUGUUCACGUUAAUAACCUUUACAACACAACGUUCUGGAAUUUGGUUGCUUCCGGGCUGAGCAAUUCGGACGCAGAGAAAAGGCUUCAGGGAACACUGGCGAGCGACAAGAAUGAAAUACUUUUCUCACAGUUUGGCAUUAAUUACAAUAACGAGCCGCUUAUCUACCGGAAAGGAACGAUACUGCUGCCGAAAAGUGUUUGCAUUGCGGGGAAGAAACAGAAGCUCAUCGUACCGAUAUUUGACGAUCUUAUUGGCGAUGCGUUCUGGGUGAAGCAUCCCGAAAUAUUGGACAAGAAGGCAAAAUCGGAUGACGCGUUCGAGCUAGGGGAAGAUCUUUCGCAACCCGUGGUGCGCUAUCAGCUGGAAGUACACACACUUCGGAAGGCUGGUAUGAAGAAGCUAGAAACGAGCAUGAGUACGUUGCAAACUGAUGCUAGUUAAAACUAAUGACUGGUUUUUUUUUAUUUAACGUUUAAACACAGUAAUAAGACACAACAGGAAAUAAACUUUACACUAAUCUAAUCGUAA